CAAUAAAAGUUGGGAAGGGUCCCCGGCAGCAGGGAUCACCUGACACUAGUAAACAUGGGGGCUGCCGUGGUACCUGUUGCUGUCGUCACCGCCUUCUGGGCCGUAAUUGGUAUUAUAUUGCCCUUUAUUGUGGCGAAAGGACCAAAUAAAGGAGUAACACAAGUAGUGUUGGUGAUUACAGCAUCAACAUGUUGGCUAUUCUGGCUACUGUGUUAUAUGCAUCAGAUGAACCCUCUCAUCGGGCCACAACUCCACAACACAACUAUUCUGGCUCUAAAGUACCUCUGGGACGGGACUAUAACAUUGGAUGAGUUGGAUAAUGGAACGUCAACCACAAUGGAAACCGGAGAAGGAACUACAACAAUGGCUAUGGAAAGUUAAGCCUUUUAAUUAAUUUUGCCAUAAAUGAUUAUCAUUGAGGGAAGCUAAAAAAAAAUUCUGAAGCAUUUUAAGAUCGCAUGGCCUAGUUCAGAAUUAUUCUGAUGAGCACUUCUUAACCCAAGAAUCUUUCCAAGUGUUAAGUGUAGCCCAUCCUCCUGUACACAGCAACAAUAGGGGGAUAUGUACAAAUUGUGAACUUGUGUGAUAUGCAAGUCUACAAUUUCUCCCACAGAAAUAAUGAUCAAAAUGAAAUGAUUGAAAACAAAAAAAAUGCCGGUGUAGUGUUUUCAUUGUCAUUCCAUUUAUUAUUAUAAUUUUUUUUUUUUUAAUAAGGCAUGCAUUUAGUUUUCAGUUGUUCUCAUUUCAAUAGGACAGAUUGUGGUGUGUGUACCUCACAAUAUGCACAAUAUGUACGUAGAGUCUAAUGUCAUUUUAGGAAGUCUUAACAGAGGGAUGAUUUAGGUAAAUGUUUUUAUUUUUGAUUUUGAUAUUUUUAAUAGAUUUUAAUUACUGCACAUGAACAGAAAAUAUUAAACAUUUCUGGUAUUAUUUUAAAUAGAUUAAUAUUUCAGAACGUGUUAAUAUUUGUUUAUGUACUUUAGUUAUUUAAUUGGUAAGUUAUUGGUGGAACUGUGUAAAUUUGGACAGGUAAUAUGUAUAUUGGUUUGUGUGCAGCGAGUUGUAAAAAUUAUAUAUAUAUAUAUUUUUAGAAGAAAAUGUUUAGUUACUAUUAAAAAUAUUUAGCUUUGUAUACUAAAUAAUAGAGCCAGCUGUGUAAAUAUUUACCCACAUUCCACUCAAAUCUGCUUAAUAAUAAUGAUGCAUAGAAUGAGUUUUAUUGUCAAUGGGAAAUGGUAUACUUUUAUUUUAAAUAUACUGUGUACAUUAUA